AUGGCUCAUCACGAAUCUGAACCGAUGCCGAACUGGCUAGAUAAUAGCGAGUGGUCGGCGCCGAAACAAGCACCCGACUCUGGCCUGUUACACUUCGAACGUCUCCUCAAUUUCUCAGUCCCUGGCAACGACGCCGAUAUCCACAACUGCGAGCCAAAGCCCUCCAAACCGCUGGCAUGUGUAAGAUGCCAUGCUCAGAAGCUUCGUUGCGUCAGAAAAUCCGCUGACGUACGAACCUGCGAUCGAUGUCAGAACGCCGAAGUUGAAUGCACUUCUCGACAAUUACGUCGUAUGGGUCGACCUGUCGAACAUCACAACAACAAUAAAAUGGCAAACGGUACAAGAUCAAAGCAUAAAUUACAGAAAAAGGCAAACGGAGCCCGAAAUAGAGGUUCGACCGACGGUUCGGCUCGUCCGCCGCUAGUGGGGAGUGAGGGGGGGAGUGAGGGGGGUACUAGCACAUGGUCUCCACUAAGUACCGGCCGGCCGGUGUCAAGACAAGACAGCGACGGUAAUCAUAUUACGGCUUCUAGUAUAUCCUCAAAUGAUAACGAUAUCUUCAUGGACGUGGAGGUAACAACACAUAUACCAGGAGGUCAAUUCACGAACGGCAGCAGCAAUAGUAACAGCAGUAAUCCCACAACUCAGCUCACUCCAAGCUCAUAUGUAGCUUCGGAUAUGGAUAUGUGGUCGUCAUGGCCAAGCCCAGCAAAAUUGACUUCUUAUACGGAUUCCUUAAUAGCUGGAUUUGAUGGUUCAAUCUCUUCAUUUCCAAAUUUUGAGGACCUCUCUGGGAGCUUGUUUCCCCAGGGUAUGGAUAUCGGCGGAUUCGGAGAGAGUCAUAACCUAAACAAUAGCAACUCACGCUCUCCUCGCGAAACCUCCCCAGAUGAUCCGGUUGAGCAACUUUCGAAAUUCCAAAUCGAGCUAUAUCAAUGCCUUACAUCCGUCAAAGUCGUCGAAAAACUCAAAAAGCAGAAGUUGCGGGACAUGACUAAAAUGUCAAAAGAAGUCGAGGAAAUCGAUACUACCUGGUUACAAGACUUGUUUCAGACAUCGGAACGGUUUAUAGAAGCUCUAACCGGCUUUGUCAGCAAUACUUUAAGUAUUACCGUACCGACAAACACGGCUGGUGAUUCAAGAGAGGUUCAGGAGUCAAAUGCUACCAUCGAAGUCGACACUGCCACCGGUCUAAUGAUAGUGAGCUGCUAUAUGCGCCUCCUUCAAAUUCUCGAAGUGGUCGUCUUCAUAGUUGAGACGUACCGCGAUUUUGACUGUCCAGGCACCUACGUUGAAAUACGGUUUGGAUCAUUCAUUCCGAAAACUGACAAGGCUCUGUCGGCUCGUUUACUUGGGCAAUACGUGCUGCAUUUAUUAGACGGAAUCUCGGAAGCGGUUGAUAAGGCAAUCGCGUCACGGCAGCCAUAUGCUCGUGCGAUUGCUGAUACGCGCAGAGUGGAAGGAAAGCUGAAGGAGCGUAUUUCUACCGCGUUACAUUGA